UCUACAGACGACAGGCGCUCCGGCACUACCGUCCAACCAACCACACCAACCCACCGCCAUGUCACUCCGGCGCCUGCUAGGCUUCUCCGCCACCGUCUCCGGCCGCCUCCCCCUCCGCCGCUGCCUCUCCACCGCCGCCGCACCGCACCCACCAUUGCCCCGCUCCCCCUCCACCGCCGCCUCCGCCUCGAACCCGUCGCGCCGCCACUCCCUUCCCACCGCCGCCGCUUCGCACCCACCAUGGGGCCGCCCCCUCUCCACCGCCGCCCCCAAGCACCCUCCAUGGGCCAUGAUUGACUACAACUCCCUCGUCGACGAAUCGUUGGCGGCGCCGGGCGCGUGCUUCGGCCCCGUCGAGCCUCCGCUCGUCUCCCGCAUCACCGCCCCGGCGCACCUCCUCAACCCCAGGGAGCGCCCCGCCGCCGACAGCAGCGUCGUCCAACUCGUCACCGGCCACGUCAACGCCGCCAGCGGCGACGGCCACCUCCUCCUCACCUGCUACGACAUCCUAGGGGAGGGUCCCCGCGAAUCCUGGAACGGAAACGCCGACGUCGAGGCCGAGCGCUGCAUCUGCAACCCUAUCAGCGGCGAGGUGCUCCGCCUCCCGUACCCCGGCGGUCCCGCCGGGUCCAGGAAGAACCUGGGCCACCGCCACAUGGGCCUCCUCACCCAAGUCGGCGGCGGUUGCGGGCACGGCCCCCCUGACAGGUUCGCCGUCGCCGACAUCGUCAGCCAGCGCGACCGCAUCGUCGAUCGGUUCCUCCCGGAGGUAGGCAGGUGGGAUCUGCUUCUUGGCGUACCAUGCCAGCCGCCGCCUGCGUGGGAGAUGGAGAUGGACCAAGAGACGGUGGCCUUCGCUGGCCGCCUCUGGUGGGUCGACCUGACCUGCGGCGCCGUCUCCAUGGACCCGUUCAGCAACCAGCCGGAACUCCGCUUCGUCCCGCUGCCGAAUGGCACCUCGCUCACCUUCAUUCUCAUGGAACACAAAGACUCGAGCGCGGAGCAUCUUGCCCAGUUCAGGCGGGAGGUGGCCAAGUACCGGCGCAUCGGCGUCAGCGAGGGGAGGCUGCGCUUCCUUGACGCGUCCAUUCACGACCCGUUCCUCCUCAGCUCCUAUGUGCUCGACGACGAGGGCAGGAGCUGGACGCUGGAGCACCAGGUGGAGCUCAGGAAGGUCUUGGAGGAUGGAGGCCACCCGUGGGAACAGGGGAAGAGGCCGGCGCAGAUCGCCGUCAUCGACCCGCUCAACGCCGACAUCAUCUACAUCACCGUCGGCGAGCAGAAGCACAUCGUCGCCGUGGACAUUUACCAGGAGAAGGUGAUUGGGAGCUCUCCGCUUCAAAACCAAUACCAUUCGCUUGUACCAUGCGUUCUUCCACCCUGGCUUGGAUCAAGCCAGAUCCCUACGGCAGGAACUGUCUCCAUGCCUUCAGAAUGGCCGCUAGGCUAUAAUCAGCGUCGUCCUAGCAACGAUUCUUCUGAGAAAGUACUGAAGGUUGCAGACGGAAGGUUGGUGCUUUCUUGAAGGAUGUGGAAGAAUCAUCUAAAGGUUUGCUCAUUUUACCAGUUUUAUAUUUAAUUCAAGUGUGCUCAUUGUUUAGUUGUGUUCUGCUGCAAAGGCAAGUGAGGCCACAUACCAUGUUCACACUAGAAGCUGAGAAACUCUGAUAAAAACAGAGCAGAGAUGGAUUCUUAUUAAUCCUUUUGGUGAACGCAAAUUAGAAUUUUUUACUUUACGCAUGUUGAAUACUCGUUACCUUCUUUAAAAUUAUAGUUCUUGUAGUUUAAAUUUUUGAGUUGAAAGCUGGAAGGCACUCCCAGAAACCUUACCACUACUUUUCUUUGGUUGAGAGUGUUUGAUUAUUGUUGUUGACUAUGAUUUUUGUUCAUUGUGUACUGCAACCCUCGUAUAUUUACG